AUGUUCCUCUCAACUAAACCGUUAUUCGAUUCCAUCAGGUCACCUCACCAAGCGACACCACCUGAGGUGAAAUGGAUUGCCAAGACAUUUCAUGUGAAUCACUACGAGGUUGAAAAUCUUGGCAAAGGUGGAUUUGGAACAGUUUAUGGAAUCCAACGAAAAGAAAGAGAGGCAUGUACAUUUGAUCACCCCCAUCUUUUGAAGAUCCAUGACUGGGAAAUGGUGGAUGGUCGUCUCUAUAUCAUGUCUGAUCUUAUGCAAGGCAGCAUUGUUUCGUUGGUACUAAGUGAAUAUGAGUGCUGGAGAAUCUUGUAUCAAAUGUCACAGGCGUUGUUGUAUUUACAUGAAUUAUCUUUCAUCCAUAGAGAUGUAAAACCCACCAACAUUUUAUACGCUAAAAAAGGAAAAAGUAUUCAUUAUGUACUGGCAGAUUUUGGUUUAACGCGUUCUGAAGAAACCAUGGGAGAGAGAACAGAUAUGCUGAAAAUGGUACAAGUGGAUUCAUAG